CAUCACGAUGGUAUGCCAAAAGUUGAUUAGUUUUGAAAGUACAGAAGGGUUCAAUGUGAACUUGAGUCCAGUAUCAGUGACCGACUGCACAGUGGAAUGUUUCUUCGUGAACUGACAUGAAAUAGAGAGAUAGUAGUGUUAUACAGCUUCAAGGCUGAUCCGAAACAUUAUAACAUUCACCUUGUGGGGCUGACUAAAGUAAGUGUACAUAAAAUAUUCUUAAAGGAAUUUGCAACAGUAAGUGAGGAAAUGUGAAUGUUUAUAUAAAAGGUUAUGUUGAUAAUUCUUAUUGGAAUUUGCCACAGUAGCUAAGUAACUAUAUUCACAUUACAUACAUACAUACAUACAUACAUACAUACAUACAUACAUACAUACAUACAUACAUACAUAGAUAGAUAGAUAGAUAGAUAGAUAGAUAGAUAGAUAGAUAGAUAGAUAGAUAGAUAGAUAGAUAGAUACAUACAUACAUACAUACAUACAUACAUACAUACAUACAUACAUACAUACAUACAUACAUACAUACAUACAUACAUACAUACAUACAUACAUACAUACAUACAUACAUACAUACAUACAUACAUACAUACAUACAUACAUACAUACAUACAUACAUACAUACAUACAUACAUACAUACAUACAUACAUACAUACAUACAUACAUACAUACAUACAUACAUACAUACAUACAUACAUACAUACAUACAUACAUACAUACAUACAUACAUACAUACAUACAUACAUACAUACAUACAUACAUACAUACAUACAUACAUACAUACAUACAUACAUACAUACAUACAUACAUACAUACAUACAUACAUACAUACAUACAUACAUACAUACAUACAUACAUACAUACAUACAUACAUACAUACAUACAUACAUACAUACAUACAUACAUACAUACAUACAUACAUACAUACAUACAUACAUACAUACAUACAUACAUACAUACAUACAUACAUACAUACAUACAUACAUACAUACAUACAUACAUACAUACAUACAUACAUACAUACAUACAUACAUACAUACAUACAUACAUACAUACAUACAUACAUACAUACAUACAUACAUACAUACAUACAUACAUACAUACAUACAUACAUACAUACAUACAUACAUACAUACAUACAUACAUACAUACAUACAUACAUACAUACAUACAUACAUACAUACAUACAUACAUACAUACAUACAUACAUACAUACAUACAUACAUACAUACAUACAUACAUACAUACAUACAUACAUACAUACAUACAUACAUACAUACAUACAUACAUACAUACAUACAUACAUACAUACAUACAUACAUACAUACAUACAUACAUACAUACAUACAUACAUACAUACAUACAUACAUACAUACAUACAUACAUACAUACAUACAUACAUACAUACAUACAUACAUACAUACAUACAUACAUACAUACAUACAUACAUACAUACAUACAUACAUACAUACAUACAUACAUACAUACAUACAUACAUACAUACAUACAUACAUACAUACAUACAUACAUACAUACAUACAUACAUACAUACAUACAUACAUACAUACAUACAUACAUACAUACAUACAUACAUACAUACAUACAUACAUACAUACAUACAUACAUACAUACAUACAUACAUACAUACAUACAUACAUACAUACAUACAUACAUACAUACAUACAUACAUACAUACAUACAUACAUACAUACAUACAUACAUACAUACAUACAUACAUACAUACAUACAUACAUACAUACAUACAUACAUACAUACAUACAUACAUACAUACAUACAUACAUACAUACAUACAUACAUACAUACAUACAUACAUACAUACAUACAUACAUACAUACAUACAUACAUACAUACAUACAUACAUACAUACAUACAUACAUACAUACAUACAUACAUACAUACAUACAUACAUACAUACAUACAUACAUACAUACAUACAUACAUACAUACAUACAUACAUACAUACAUACAUACAUACAUACAUACAUACAUACAUACAUACAUACAUACAUACAUACAUACAUACAUACAUACAUACAUACAUACAUACAUACAUACAUACAUACAUACAUACAUACAUACAUACAUACAUACAUACAUACAUACAUACAUACAUACAUACAUACAUACAUACAUACAUACAUACAUACAUACAUACAUACAUACAUACAUACAUACAUACAUACAUACAUACAUACAUACAUACAUACAUACAUACAUACAUACAUACAUACAUACAUACAUACAUACAUACAUACAUACAUACAUACAUACAUACAUACAUACAUACAUACAUACAUACAUACAUACAUACAUACAUACAUACAUACAUACAUACAUACAUACAUACAUACAUACAUACAUACAUACAUACAUACAUACAUACAUACAUACAUACAUACAUACAUACAUACAUACAUACAUACAUACAUACAUACAUACAUACAUACAUACAUACAUACAUACAUACAUACAUACAUACAUACAUACAUACAUACAUACAUACAUACAUACAUACAUACAUACAUACAUACAUACAUACAUACAUACAUACAUACAUACAUACAUACAUACAUACAUACAUACAUACAUACAUACAUACAUACAUACAUACAUACAUACAUACAUACAUACAUACAUACAUACAUACAUACAUACAUACAUACAUACAUACAUACAUACAUACAUACAUACAUACAUACAUACAUACAUACAUACAUACAUACAUACAUACAUACAUACAUACAUACAUACAUACAUACAUACAUACAUACAUACAUACAUACAUACAUACAUACAUACAUACAUACAUACAUACAUACAUACAUACAUACAUACAUACAUACAUACAUACAUACAUACAUACAUACAUACAUACAUACAUACAUACAUACAUACAUACAUACAUACAUACAUACAUACAUACAUACAUACAUACAUACAUACAUACAUACAUACAUACAUACAUACAUACAUACAUACAUACAUACAUACAUACAUACAUACAUACAUACAUACAUACAUACAUACAUACAUACAUACAUACAUACAUACAUACAUACAUACAUACAUACAUACAUACAUACAUACAUACAUACAUACAUACAUACAUACAUACAUACAUACAUACAUACAUACAUACAUACAUACAUACAUACAUACAUACAUACAUACAUACAUACAUACAUACAUACAUACAUACAUACAUACAUACAUACAUACAUACAUACAUACAUACAUACAUACAUACAUACAUACAUACAUACAUACAUACAUACAUACAUACAUACAUACAUACAUACAUACAUACAUACAUACAUACAUACAUACAUACAUACAUACAUACAUACAUACAUACAUACAUACAUACAUACAUACAUACAUACAUACAUACAUACAUACAUACAUACAUACAUACAUACAUACAUACAUACAUACAUACAUACAUACAUACAUACAUACAUACAUACAUACAUACAUACAUACAUACAUACAUACAUACAUACAUACAUACAUACAUACAUACAUACAUACAUACAUACAUACAUACAUACAUACAUACAUACAUACAUACAUACAUACAUACAUACAUACAUACAUACAUACAUACAUACAUACAUACAUACAUACAUACAUACAUACAUACAUACAUACAUACAUACAUACAUACAUACAUACAUACAUACAUACAUACAUACAUACAUACAUACAUACAUACAUACAUACAUACAUACAUACAUACAUACAUACAUACAUACAUACAUACAUACAUACAUACAUACAUACAUACAUACAUACAUACAUACAUACAUACAUACAUACAUACAUACAUACAUACAUACAUACAUACAUACAUACAUACAUACAUACAUACAUACAUACAUACAUACAUACAUACAUACAUACAUACAUACAUACAUACAUACAUACAUACAUACAUACAUACAUACAUACAUACAUACAUACAUACAUACAUACAUACAUACAUACAUACAUACAUACAUACAUACAUACAUACAUACAUACAUACAUACAUACAUACAUACAUACAUACAUACAUACAUACAUACAUACAUACAUACAUACAUACAUACAUACAUACAUACAUACAUACAUACAUACAUACAUACAUACAUACAUACAUACAUACAUACAUACAUACAUACAUACAUACAUACAUACAUACAUACAUACAUACAUACAUACAUACAUACAUACAUACAUACAUACAUACAUACAUACAUACAUACAUACAUACAUACAUACAUACAUACAUACAUACAUACAUACAUACAUACAUACAUACAUACAUACAUACAUACAUACAUACAUACAUACAUACAUACAUACAUACAUACAUACAUACAUACAUACAUACAUACAUACAUACAUACAUACAUACAUACAUACAUACAUACAUACAUACAUACAUACAUACAUACAUACAUACAUACAUACAUACAUACAUACAUACAUACAUACAUACAUACAUACAUACAUACAUACAUACAUACAUACAUACAUACAUACAUACAUACAUACAUACAUACAUACAUACAUACAUACAUACAUACAUACAUACAUACAUACAUACAUACAUACAUACAUACAUACAUACAUACAUACAUACAUACAUACAUACAUACAUACAUACAUACAUACAUACAUACAUACAUACAUACAUACAUACAUACAUACAUACAUACAUACAUACAUACAUACAUACAUACAUACAUACAUACAUACAUACAUACAUACAUACAUACAUACAUACAUACAUACAUACAUACAUACAUACAUACAUACAUACAUACAUACAUACAUACAUACAUACAUACAUACAUACAUACAUACAUACAUACAUACAUACAUACAUACAUACAUACAUACAUACAUACAUACAUACAUACAUACAUACAUACAUACAUACAUACAUACAUACAUACAUACAUACAUACAUACAUACAUACAUACAUACAUACAUACAUACAUACAUACAUACAUACAUACAUACAUACAUACAUACAUACAUACAUACAUACAUACAUACAUACAUACAUACAUACAUACAUACAUACAUACAUACAUACAUACAUACAUACAUACAUACAUACAUACAUACAUACAUACAUACAUACAUACAUACAUACAUACAUACAUACAUACAUACAUACAUACAUACAUACAUACAUACAUACAUACAUACAUACAUACAUACAUACAUACAUACAUACAUACAUACAUACAUACAUACAUACAUACAUACAUACAUACAUACAUACAUACAUACAUACAUACAUACAUACAUACAUACAUACAUACAUACAUACAUACAUACAUACNGAUAGAUAGAUAGAUAGAUAGAUAGAUAGAUAGAUAGAUAGAUAGAUAGAUAGAUAGAUAGAUAGAUAGAUAGAUAGAUAGAUAGAUAGAUAGAUAGAUAGAUAAAUAGAUAGAUGGAUAGAUGGAUCGAUGGAUCGAUGGAUCGAUGGAUCGAUGGAUGGAUGGAUCGAUGGAUCGAUGGAUCGAUGGAUCGAUGGAUCGAUGGAUGGAUGGAUCGAUGGAUGGAUGGAUCGAUGGAUGGAUGGAUGGAUGGAUGGAUGGAUGGAUGGAUGGAUGGAUGGAUGGAUGGAUUUAAGGUUCGAAGUGAUCCCUUCUAAAGUAAGUGUAUAUUUACAUUUUUAAAUAAAAUAGAGAAGCAUAUAAUAAAGUAGAGAAGCAUGUAAUAAAGUAGAGAAGCAUACAAUAAAGUAGUGAAUCAUUCAAUAAAGUAGAGAAGCAUAUAAUAAAUUAGAGAAGCAUAUAAUAAAGUAGAGAAGCAUAUAACAAAGUAGAAAGUAGAGAAGCAUGUAAUAAAGUCUAGAAUUAUUUAAAAAAGUAGAGAAGUUUAAAAUAAAGUAGAGACGUUUAUAAUAAAGUAGAGAAGCAUGUAAUGAAGUAGAGAAGCAAAUAACAAAGUAGAGAAACAUAUAACGAAGUAUAGAAGCAUAUAACAAAUUAGCAAAGCAUAUAACAAAGUAGAAAAGCAUACAACAAAUUAGAGCACCAAAUAUCUCAGUCCCCUCGAGAAUGAAGUACGACGACCUGGUGGAGCAUCUGGGAGAGUUCGGUCCCUAUCAGAGAAAGAUUUACCUCCUCACGUGUCUGCCCGUCUUGUCUGCUGCCAUCCAGACGCUUCUACCUGUCUUCACCCUCGCGACACCAGACCACAGGUACGUGCACCCGGUACAUCAUAUAUAUAUUAAAUAAUCAGGUCUAGAUUAAUGUAUAAUAAUAUGGCCAGAAAACUUUAGAACGAUCAGAGUUAAAUUCAGUGAGCUAACAUUUCCAUAAUAAUUUUCUAUACAAGAGAACCUGGCUGCGAUUGUGACUUAAACACAAUACGGCGAAACAUUUAAGUGAGAUAUGGUGUAUGUAUGCCAGGAACAUGAAGAAACGAGCAAAUAGUGCAAUAUGAGUUUAUGGACCUUCUUUAACAUUUUAUUGUAAAAACAUCCAUUAACCCGUGUUGGUAGCCAAAUUCAAGCCAAUAUGUCCAUUCAUAAUCUGUUUUAGCUGAAAAAGAAUAUGAACCAGUUACUUUUCGACUCAAUUUUUUACUCAAUUUUGACUCAAUUUUUAAUAACAUUCUUGAGGAUGUAACCCCUCCCUCCCCCCCCCAAAGCGGUCGUCUUAAUGAAAAUAUGUGAUCCUAGAACAUACCCUAUUAGAACUCGUAUCCUAGAACAUACCCUAUUAGAACUCGUAUCCUAGAACAUACCCUAUUAGAACUCGUAUCCUAGAACAUACCCUAUUAGAACUCGUAUCCUAGAACAUACCCUAUUAGAACUCGUAUCCUAGAACAUACCCUAUUAGAACUCGUAUCCUAGAACAUACCCUAUUAGAACUCGUAUCCUAGAACAUACCCUAUUAGAACUCGUAUCCUAGAACAUACUCUAUUAGAACUCGUAUCCUAGAACAUACCCUAUUAGAACUCGUUGAGUAAGGCUACCGGAUUUCUUAAGGCCUUAAAUCUGUCAAUGUUUUCAGAUGCUCAAUACCCGAGCUGACCAAUGACACGUACACGACACAGAACGCCGGACACCUGGCCCUCCAGAACCACACGUUGUGGCGGGGAGGCGGUGACGUCAGCAACCCGUGGGGAUCAGGGCAGUGUCACAACAUCGUCAACAGGCAAGUGGUCAAGCGGAGUGUGAGGAGAAGAUGAUUGAUUGGGGGAUGUUUGAUGACAUACUGUGAGGAGAAGAUGAUUGUUUCGAUGAUGUUUGACUGAAUCAAUAGUUGAAUCAUCGAACAGAAGUAGUGCGCAAUCAAAAGCUGCGCUCGGAGAAAAGCCUGGAUUUUAGCGCCCCAAAAAGUUUACAGCAAAAAACAUAUUUUGUUGAUAAAAAACACAAGAUCUCGGCGCCCCCUGAAGGUGGCGCCCCUCCUAUCGCUCGUACCUGUAACACAGCUUUAAAAGAGCAAAUCUACACUCUUUUUCUUGAAUUUAAUAAAAUAUGAACACAUGACAAUAUUAACAACAUUAACAUGACAUCUAUUGAACACUGUUAAAAUAAGAUCUAUUGAGCCAUAUUAAAAUUACAUCCAUUGACUAAUAUCAAAAUAAUACCAAUUGACCAACAUUAAAAUGAUAUCUACUGACCAAUAUUAAAAAGACAGCUACUGACCAAUAUUAAAAUGACAUCUAUUGACCUACUUUAAAAUGACUUCUACGGAACAAUAUUAAAAGGACAUCAAUAAAAUCGAGAGUUUCGAAAAACGAAUUUGAUCUGACAACAUAAAAAAAAAAAACAUUUUGUUCCUUCUAUAUAUAUAUAUUUAUAUAGUAACGGAGAAAUACAGUAUGAUCACAAAGCGAUAGCUCGAAAAACUUGCAAUGUACGUUGGAUGAGGUACGGUGGUGGCUUUGUUGAUACAGCAAUCGUUUUUUUGUUUCGGUGCUUUCUAGCUGCAGUCUUGAAUUUUAACAGGAUGACGAGCUAUCCAAUUUUCGCUUAAUGGGCAUUGUGAUGCAGCCUCAGGUUUCGCUGCAAUUACGACACGUCUUUUGAACCCCCCAAAUUAAAUUUUACUUUCAUAAACCUGCUUCAAAAUGUAUUUGUAAAGUUAUUUAAUGGUUUUCAUACACUGGUCUUUCGUUAUGGGAUGUUCCGUUUCGGUAUUCAGAUUACGUAACACCAAGGUUUUUAGAAUAUCUGUAUCUAUUUAUACAACGAUAUUAUGAAUGAUAAGAAGUGGUGGGUUUGCAGAUAAAAUUAAUUGAUAUACUUUUAUUGAAACGCAUUUUUUAUUCGACGACACAUCCUCAAAAGAUAUAGAAUCAAAAUUGUUUGAUCAUCCAUGGUGAAGAUAAUGUCCAAACAUGUCAUUUGAUUUCCUCUGUGUGGCCAGGUGACGCUUUUUAUUCGUGUCACCGCAACAACGAAAAAAAAAAAAAAAAAAAAAAAAAAAAAAAAAAAAAAAAAACACGUUGCGGGUUUAAUAUUUCCACGAGCAGAAGCAAAUAUUGUUGAGUUGAAACGAAAUGAGAUACCAAUCAUCAAUGUAGGAAGUUAUUUUUAUUUUGUUGAGGGGGGGUUGAAAUAAUGUGUUUUCAAUUGAAAUUUCAAAACGGUUUGACUUCCCCGUUUGCCUGGCCAGUCCAGCGAGUUCACAACUGUGUUAUACACCAAAAGAAUUUUUCUUGAAUGUUGUCACAUUUUUUUUUUAAAUUAACGUUCAGAAGUGCCACAGAUCCUGAUGCUUUGAAAGGCAACUUCCCGUUUUCAAAUAAGACAGAAAAGUGCAACAGAUGGGUUUACGAUACCUCAACGUUCGACAGCACAUUCGUCACACAGGUCAGUACUUGGUCAGUGUUUGUUGUGCAUACUUGCCAAUUAUUUCGUUACUGUUUGCUUAGUCAUCGGCCAAUAUUUUGUUAAGCAGUCCGUUACCAUUCAAUAUUUGAUCAGUGUUCGGUCAGUCAUGGGGUCAGUAAUUGGUCAGGCUUCGGUCAAUUUGGGGUAAAGUCUUCUACCAAUGCGUUUACUUAACAUUAGGAUGGCAGCGUAGCUAAAAUAAUUCUAAAUUUUCGUCUUGGCCUGGUAAAUGAAAACGAAACAAAAAAAAACUACCUGAUCGAAAUAAAUAUGAUGAGGACUGUGAGAAGAUUGAAAUGACAUAGACUUUUCGGUGACCGUACGAAGCUAACCAUUUCAGAGACGAGUGAGAAAAUACAAAAUUUGAGUAAGUGAAAAAAAUAAUUAAAGACAGUCAAUGGCGUGCAACCUUAUGUCAAAACUCUCGGUGGCAAAAGCAAAAUAGAGGUAUUGAAAGAAAUGUGAACUACUAUAAAAAAUAAGAAAAUAGGACAGGACUAAUGCGGACCAAAAGAAAAUAGGACAGAGGGGAAAGCUAUUAAGGAAAUAAUCAGAAUAAAUAAUAUUUCGUUACUUCGCGGGCCGCAAAGGUGGUGCUGGCGGGCCGUAUGUUUUGCAGGCCUGUUCUGGAGGAAUGUCUAGAGGAUUGACUAAAGGAGAACAACGUGGAUAAAAAUUGCAGCACAGAGCAAACGAUUAUUUUAAAUAUUUUUAAUCCGUCAAACAUAGAUGCAUAUAAGCAAACCUUACGUGUUAUAUAAAUGUGUUUAAGGACAAUUUUAAUGGGUGGUGAAAAAAGAAUAUGGCUGCAUGAAUAGCAUCUCAAAAGAAUGUGUUGAAACACAGUGCAUCUGCGGGGGCAAGAUGAUCACCACAUUUUUUUAUUAUAAAUCGAAUAACAUCACACGGCUAACAUUGCAACAAAAAAAAAAAAAACAUUAGUAAAUUUUAUUGAUGAUUUUAAAAAACAACGAACAAACAACAAACAUUUUUCAAACUGAAAUCCCUGCACAGAUAAACAUUGUGUGCGACGCCAAGAGCUUGAGAUCCCAUGCUAACAUGAUCUACAUGGCUGGAGUCCUUGUCGGAUCAUUCGUAUUCGGUCUGGUGUCAGACAAGUAUUGACGUGUUUAUGUUUUAAUUCUCUAAAUCAGUGGUUCUCAAAAUAUUUUCCAGCAUCCCCUAGACGCGCCCGCCCCCUCCCCUUCCCUGAUUUACCCCCAAAGUAAUCAUUUCUAGAAUAAAAUUUUGUAAGAACCUACAUGGUAGGCUAUUACAGAAUGAGCUGUUUAAGUGUCCAUAUAAAAUCUUAAAUUGUAAUUUUACAAAGUGUGUUAGUUCAAUGAUUGAUUUCUCAAAUAAUCAUUAUAGCUUGUAUAAUCAUUUUGAAAUUUAAAUUGAUUCGGCUCCUGUCAAAUAAAAAUAAUACGAGUUUACUAUCAAUAUUUUUGAGAAUCCCAAUUGGGAAAUAGGAAUGUUAUGUUGAACGUAAGCUUGUCGUCUGUGUGGGUGCAGUGAUUGGGAAUUGUGUUUUGCUCCCUUCAGUAUUUAUCUAAAAAUCAGUUUCAUUAGCAAUAGCUCAACAUUCUUAAAGUGCAUUUGCAAAUCCUUUAAACAAAAAUGUAUCUCCAUAUUGAAAUCAAUUGAUCAAUCUGUUGAAAAUUCGCCCCACCCAUUGUUGUUUAAAGACCAUAUUCCCACCCCCCCCCAACUUCCUGUAAAAAUGUAAGCUGCAAAACAUUACAAUAGAUCAUCAUCAUCAUCAUCAUCGUGUCCCUUAGUCCUUGGACCGUUGGGGCGACAAACAUGACAUGUGAACUAUCCUCCUCCAUUCGUCUCUGUUUUCAGCACAUCGCACAGCAUCGCCCAGUUUUAGCCCUGUCCACUCUUUGAUGUUAUCCUCCCCUCUUUUUCCCUGUCUUCCUCUUCUCCUCUGUCCUCUCGUUGUGCCCUGCAUGAUUUCUUUGGUGACUUCAUCGUUUCUUCAAGUUGACAAAUGAAGACAAUAGAGAUGCCAAACAAAACGAAACACAUUCUUGCAUUCAAAGAUACGUUAAACUCUUUUUAAAGGUCAUACUUCAUCAAUUGUGUGUCAAUUCAUUGUGUUGUAAUGAAGAGAAACUGCCAGAAUUGGCCAACAAGUAUUCUCCGUACAUUUCAGAAUAGGUCGAAAGAAAGCCAUCCUGAUGUCGCUGGUCUUCCACUCGGUGGCCGCCAUUUGUACAGCUUUCUCAGCCAACUUUCCGGUCUUCGCGUUUCUGAGAUUUGUCACAGGGUUGGGAGACGUGGGUCUGUUUAUGUGCUGCUUUGUGCUGGGUAAGUGGGUCUGUUUAUGUGCUGCUUUGUGCUGGGUAAGUGGGUCUGUUGGUGUGCUGCUUUGUGCUGGGUAAGUGGGUCUGUUUAUGUGCUGCUUUGUGCUGGGUAAGUGGGUCUGUUUAUGUGCUGCUUUGUGCUGGGUAAGUGGGUCUGUUUAUGUGCUGCUUUGUGCUGGGUAAGUGGGUCUGUUUAUGUGCUGCUUUGUGCUGGGUAAGUGGGUCUGUUUAUGUGCUGCUUUGUGCUGGGUAAGUGGGUCUGUUUGUGUGCUGCUUUGUGCUGGGUAAGUGGGUCUGUUUAUGUGCUGCUUUGUGCUGGGUAAGUGGGUCUGUUUAUGUGCUGCUUUGUGCUGGGUAAGUGGGUCUGUUUAUGUGCUGCUUUGUGCUGGGUAAGUGGGUCUGUUUGUGUGCUGCUUUGUGCUGGGUAAGUGGGUCUGUUUAUGUGCUGCUUUUUGCAGGGUAAGUCGGUCUCUUUGUGUGCUGCUUUGUGCUGGGUAAGUGGGUCUGUUUGUGUGCUGCCUUGUGCGCGUAAGUGGGUCUCUUUGUGUGCUGCUUUGUGUAGGGUAAGUGGGUUCUUUAUGUGCUGCUUUGUGUUGGGUAAGUGGGUCGCAUUAUGUGGUGCUUUUUGUUGGGUAUUGGGUCAAUUUAUGUGCUGCUUUAGCUAGGUAAUUGCGUCUCUUUAUGUGCUGCCUUAGCUGGGUAAGCGGGUCUCUUUAUGUACCACCUUCUGAGGGGUAAAUGGUUCUUCUAACCUUAUCUGCUGCUGUGUGGUGGUUCUGUUUAUAUGUUGCUUAGACAUCUUGUUUACAAUGUAGAAAUCCACAAUAAAUUCAUCUUCAUCCAGAAUUUACCCAGCGGCGAAAUUCAUAUUUCUUAACAACAGUUACGAUAAAAUAAUGACCAUUUUAAGUAUAGAAAAAAUUACAUAUACUGGACGCUAGUUAACUUUCAUUAUUUUUUUUUCUUAGAGUUAUAUCUUAAUAAGAACAAUACAAAAGCAAGAGCUCAACCAAAGCAUAGGUUAUGUUAAACAUAGGUUAUGUUAAACAUAGGUUAUGUUAAACGUAGGUUAUGUUAAACGUAGGUUAUGUUAAACGUAGGUUAUGUUAAACGUAGGUUAUGUUAAACGUAGGUUAUGUUAAACGUAGGUUAUGUUAAACGUAGGUUAUGUUAAACGUAGGUUAUGUUAAACGUAGGUUAUGUUAAACGUAGGUUAUGUUAAACGUAGGUUAUGUUAAACGUAGGUUAUGUUAAACGUAGGUUAUGUUAAACGUAGGUUAUGUUAAACAUAGGUUAUGUUAAACGUAGGUUAUGUUAUCAUAACACAUUUUUAAAAUACCAAAGAGAAACAAAUUAAAUAAUGUUUGAAUAAAAAAAAUAAAAAUAUUUCUGUAUUAAAAGUAUUUCCAUAUUGCUGAUUAAAAGUGCCAUUAUAACUCCGAACUCCACAAUAGAAUUAUAUCAGGCCCUGUGCCCUCCACCCUCAAAGGUAGGUAAUUGCAAAAGUGAGACAGUCGGGAUAAUUUUUCAGGUUACUGCCCAGGUACAGAAAUAUUUGUGAAAAAUCUACAGUUGAACAACUUGACAUUCAAAUUCAAAUAGAUAUUUUUUUGAAAAUUAUAUUCACAGUAUAUUAUAUUCAGAGUGAAUUAUAUUUGACUGUAUCGACAAUUAAUUAUAUUUGCAGUAAUAAUUUCAUACAUAUUUCUUUUCUUUUUUUUUAACAAACUCAGCCAUGGAAUUGGUUGGCCGAAAAUGGCGGGCCCAAGCCGGAGUGGCGGUCCAGUACUUCUGGUGUGCCGGGAUGUUUGUCCUCGUCGGGAUGGCGUACGGAAUCCGGGACUGGAAAGUGCUUCAGAUUGUACCGUCUUGCUGCACACUAGUGAUCUUCUUACUGUGGUGGUCAGUAUACCCAAUACUUAAUGUCUGCGUCCUUAUCAAGUCGGAGCUAACAGCAUGCGAUGAAAGAAGACAAUUCUUUGUCUUAUAUUAUUAUUACUGCUUAAGACGAAAUACUUUUCAUAAUUUUAUUUAAAUACAUAUGAUAUCUAAAAAUAAAUGCUCUUCGAUACUUUCAAGGACUUGUUAAAGGUUCUUGAAUUUAUUAACAAUAAAUAAUCUCCUACAUAGUGAUUACAUAAAAGAAAUUUAGGAUGCACGGUAAAAAGUGUAGGCCUAUUAUUUUGUUAAAUAUUUGCAUAAAGAUUUUUUUUUUUUUUUUUAAAGUUCAUUUUGAGAGAGUGCGAAUUUCAGAUUUGUAACAAAUUGUUUGCAGUUGUAGAGAACAUACGAAAAGAGUGGCAGUACUAGCUUUAACGUUAUUGAAAAAUGAUGAUCAAUAUCGUAACUCUGGGACAUGCAGUCUCUCUACCCUCCUUCAAGCAUCCCUCACUCCGCAUAUCUAUUUCUCUCUCUUUCUGUUUUCUUGAGUUUUAUGCAGCGCUGUGAGACUCAACCAAUUUUUACCGUUUAUUUAUUUAUUUGUUUUUUUAAAUUUCACAUCAACAUAAGCGUUUUCAAUUUAAAUGGUUUGAAGCGUUUCAGAUGUUGUCGGAUGGCAUACUGUGUAUGUUUUGCUACAAUUCAUCUAGGUUCAUCCCGGAGUCCCCCAGGUGGUUGCUGAGCAAAGGUCGCGAGGAGGAGGCCAGAGCCAUCCUAGAAAAGAUCGCCACGGCCAACAGAAAGGAGUUGCCGAAAUACAUUUUCGACAGCGAGGGCGAGUCUCAGGCCAAGGGGACUUUGAUGGACGUGUUCUCCCAUCCUGUGCUGGCCUUCAGGGCUGUUAUCAUCUUUAUCAAUUGGUGAGUGCAGGAAUCACGUCAGUAACAUCAAAUUGCAGGUCACAUAAUUUAACUAUAAAUGACACAUAUAUUUUUAAAAUGUUUAUUAACAUAAUGGUUUCACCACACAUAUAUAAUUUUGAAUCCUUCAAAACCGAUUUGAAAACACAUCUAUUUCGCAGACACGUGCUGGGGUGAGGUUGUCCACCACCUUUUCCAGCUAGCUAUUAUCUCCUAUAUGUAUAUUGGCCUGUGUUGUUGAUAGUUGAAAGGGAUGAAAGACUCUGACUGGGUUUGGCUCGUUUGUAGUUGUUGUAGUUGUUGUAGUUGUUGCAUUUUAUGUUUCAGUUCUCUUUGAAUAUGGCUAACUCUGUACCGCGCUUCGAGCCUUGGGGAUGAAGCGUGCGUUUUAUAAAUAAACUUUAUUCUUAUUACUAUUAUAUGUAUAUAUAUAUUUAUAUGUAUUGAUGUUCAUUUGUUAAAGUUCGCUCAACCUGAGAUUUUCUAGAAGAGCGCUGGGCAAUCCUAUCGCAAAACGAAACGUGGUGCGAACGUAAACAUGAAGCUAACCGACAAGUUGCACUAAUUGACCUCUAAACGUCGGCCGUGUUUUGUUUAAAUUGUUUUGAAUUUAAAAAAAAAUAAUUAAAACAUAUAUGAACAACUUAAAAAAAAAACCAAAAAAAAACCCCACACUUAUUUGGACACUUUUAGCUGUCCAAACGGGCCAUCAAAGAUGGGGGCGUGACAGACGUGGGAUUCUGGUAAACUGGUUUUACUUCCUUAACAAAAAACAAAAAAAUUAAGGUAAUUUUCAUAUUUUUAAAUCUUUUUUUUUUUUUUAAUUUUUUUUUUUCUUUUUUAUUCACACAUAAGGUUUCUGAGUUCCUUUUUUGUUACAAUCAUGCACGACUCACCUUACUUUCAGACCAAAUGUUUCAUUUAUUCAAAUUGAAAAAGAAAGAAAAAAAAAUGUGUGAACUUCCGACAUGUGGCCUUUGCCACCGAAACAGUGGAUCACCAGCUCUUUGUUUGCCACCGAAACAGUGGACCACCUGCUUUUUGUUUGCCACCGAAACAGUGGACCACCAGCUCUUUGUCUGCCACCGAAACAGUGGACCACCAGCUCCUUGUUUGCCACCGAAACAGUGGACCACCUGCUCUUUGUUUGCCCCCAAACAGUGGACCACCUGCUCUUUGUUUGCCACCGAAACAGUGGACAACCUGCUCUUUGUUUGCCACCGAAACAGUGGACCAGCUGCUCUUUGUUUGCCGUGAAAUUGGGGCGGGCUGUGGAUUGAACCAAGCCGGUGACCUGUGUUCAUGAUCUGAUUUAUGGCGAUGACGGCUUGAUGACUGCACGUUGCUAAAAAUCUGGCCAGGGGGUCAUGAGAGUCUUAGGCUCGAUCCUCGAUUUAUGAUAUCGAUUUUUGAAAGGAAUUUAGUUGCUAGUUUAGUUGUUGUUUAUUAGAGCUAGGGCUGCUCUAGCAGGCAUCACACACAGUAGUGAUAGGUACGAUGGUGGAGGCAGGGCUGCUCUAGCAGGUAUCAAUCACAGCAGUGAUAGGUACGAUGGUGGAGGCAGGGCUGCUCUAGCAGGUACCAAUCACAGCAGUGAUAGGUACGAUGGUGGAGGUAGGGCUGCUCUAGCAGGCAUCACACACAGCAGUGAUAGGUACGAUGGUGGAGGUAGGGCUGCUCUAGCAGGCAUCACACACAGUAGUGAUAGUUAUGAUGGUGGAGCUACCUACCUAAUGCUAGAGGCACAGAUGAGAUGUGCGUGGUUACACGAUUGGAGCAAACUUUUGUUCAACCUGUUGAUGACAAGGAAGGUGUCUAGUUUCACACUUAAUUUUGAAUUAAACACACUAGAAAAAAGUAUGUCUUCAUAUCCUUCUUUUUAGUAAUAGUAUUUCAUGACUCACGCCUACCAAGUAGUGUGACAAAAUGUAUUGUCAUUUGUCAAGGAUAAGACUUUUAUUUAAUAUAUGGUUGCCCACUAUACUCUAGAAUGAUCUAUAUUAAUGUCUUGAAAAUCACCCACAAACCAAUCUUGAGUGGCAGCUCAUGAAUUAAUGAAACACAAGCUGAUUGUAACACUACUUAUCUCAACCCCUUGUCUCGCCCCAUUCCCCCCACCCCUCGCCCCUAGGUUAGUUGUGACAGUUGUGUACUACGGCCUGACCUUCAACAUCGGUACUCUAAGUGGAGACAUCUACGUGAACUUUGCCCUGAACGCCAGCGUGGAGACCCUGGGGAACGUGGCCGCCUUUCUGGUGUUGCCUCGAUGGGGCAGGAAACGGUUCCACUGCUUCGCCGUUCUACUGAGUGGCCUGGCGUGCCUCUGUUCGAUGAUACCAGUGCUGCUGGGGACCACAGGUAGGUGGGGAAGGGGGGGGGCCGCAGGCGGGAAGGGGAACACAGGGGGGAGUGGACCACAGGUGGGAAGGGACCACAAGUGGGAGGGGAUCACAGGUAAACUGGGACCACGUGUUAGAGACGAUACCAGACAGGAGAUGAGACGUAGGUGGGUGGGGAACACACGUAGGUGGGGAAAACAGGUAGGGGGCGACCAAAAGUGGGUGGAGAAAACAGGUAGGGGGCGACCACAAGUAGGUGGGGAAAACAGGUAGGGGCGACCACAGGUAGGUGGGGAAAACAGGUAGGUGGCGACCACAAGUAGGGGGGGAAAACAGGUAGGGGCGACCACAGGUUGGUGGGGAAAACAGGUAGGGGCGACCACAGGUAGGUGGCGAUAACAGGUAGGCGAAGAUCUUUAGGAGGUGAAUACAGUUAGGAGGGGACCUCAGCUAGGAGAGGACCACAGGCACAGGGGGGGGGGCAGCACAGGCUGUGGCGUAGUAAGUGUUAUUGCCACCCCUUCAGUGGGCCAAGGAGAAAACAAACUGUGGUUUGCCGAAAAUCAAGCCCCUCCAUAAAAAGAAAAAAAAAGUGCUGUCUUGGUGGAGCCCCCCUUCUGCACCCCACUCCCUGCGCCACUGGCCACUGGUGGAAGGAGACUACAUUUGGCUGAGACCCACAGAUAGAAUGGGGGACUACAGGUUAAAAGGGUUCACAGGAGGUGGUCAUCAGGCUGGAUGCGACUACAGGUUAAAGGGGUUCACAGGAGGGGGUCAUCAGGCUGGAUGCGACUACAGGUUAAAGGGGUUCACAGGAGGGGGUCAUCAGGCUGGAUGCGACUACAGGUUAAAGGGGUUCACAGGAGGGGGUCAUCAGGCUGGAUGCGACUACAGGUUAAAGGGGUUCACAGGAGGGGGUCAUCAGGCUGGAUGCGACUACAGGUUAAAGGGGUUCACAGGAGGGGGUCAUCAGGCUGGAUGCGACUACAGGUUAAAGGGGUUCACAGGAGGGGGUCAUCAGGCUGGAUGCGACUACAGGUUAAAGGGGUUCACAGGAGGGGGUCAUCAGGCUGGAUGCGACUACAGGUUAAAGGGGUUCACAGGAGGGGGUCAUCAGGCUGGAUGCGACUACAGGUUAAAGGGGUUCACAGGAGGGGGUCAUCAGGCUGGAUGCGACUACAGGUUAAAGGGGUUCACAGGAGGGGGUCAUCAGGCUGGAUGCGACUACAGGUUAAAGGGGUUCACAGGAGGGGGUCAUCAGGCUGGAUGCGACUACAGGUUAAAGGGGUUCACAGGAGGGGGUCAUCAGGCUGGAUGCGACUACAGGUUAAAGGGGUUCACAGGAGGGGGUCAUCAGGCUGGAUGCGACUACAGGUUAAAGGGGUUCACAGGAGGGGGUCAUCAGGCAAGAUGCCAUUACCGGUGGGCGAGACGCUAUGUGGGCCAACUGCUUUAUUAUUCAUUUGUUAACAUCUUUUUAUAGUCUUGGAAAAAUAAUGCGUUUUGAACGGGAGCAUGUUACUGAGAUGGAUAGAGCCAACAAAUACAGUGGGGCCGCUUGAUGGAAUGGCGUCCGUAGGGAAGAUUAGACCUGGGCGUGUACGAUCAAUAUAGAACAGCCAGUGAUAAGGUUAACAGUGGGAUGCCCGUUAACUGAUUUAAUUAGCGUUGGCUAAAAAAUUAAUAGAGCUUUGUUUAAGUCCAGCAAUAAGCCAAGGCCACACAUGUAGAAAUAUAAUGAUCGAAGGUUUCACACAACACGCUAAUGUGGGAGAAAAGACAUCGCUGGUGUCACGUGAUGAGUUCACACAGUGUAUCAAAUAACGUCAUAAACAAUAUUUUGAAAACACUCUAAUCAAAAAUGAAGAAAGAUUUUAUAAUAAAGUUGAGUGGAUUCUUUAAGCGAUGCACUUUAUGAAUCAAAGGGAUUCUAACGCGAUGCGGACGAAACUUAAAUGUUAUAUUCUUAUUAUUUUUAAAAAAAAUAUAUAUACAUAUUUUCUGCACAGACUUUCUUUAUGUUUUCAAAUUUUAAGAAUGUCUAUGUCUACGUUUUAGUAGUAUAAAACUUGUCUUUUUAAAAAAUUUUUAAGUAUCUUCUUUUGUAUGUGCUUAAUUUUAGCAUUAAAAUUGUAACUUGAAUAUCAUCGACAAAAGAAGUAUUAGAUCUAUUUAACUUUUUUGUGUGUUAAAUAUGUAUGGUUUUAUUGUAAAUGUAAUCAUAAGUUUAUUCCCUGUACAGACGCAUGGAUGACCAUUAGUUUGUUCCCUGUACAGUGUACAGAUGUAUGUAAUCAUCAGUUUGUUCUCCUGUACAGACGUAUGGGUGACCAUUAGUUUGUUCCCUGUACAGAUGUAUGGGUGACCAUUAGAUUGUUCCCUGUACAGACGCAUGGAUGACCAUUAGUUUGUUCCCUGGCCAGUGUACAGAUGUAUGUAAUCAUCAGUUUGUUCUCCUGUACAGACGUAUGGGUGACCAUUAGUUUGUUCCCUGUACAGAUGUAUGGGUGACCAUUAGAUUGUUCCCUAUACAGAUGCAUGGAUGACCAUUAGUUUGUUCCCUGUACAGUGUACAGAUGUAUGUAAUCAUCAGUUUGUUCUCCUGUACAGACGUAUGGGUGACCAUUAGUUUGUUCCCUGUACGGAUGUAUGGGUGACCAUUAGAUUGUUCCCUGUACAGACGUAUGGGUGACCAUUAGUUUGUUCCUUGGCCAGUGUAGAGAUGUAUGUAAAAAUUAGUUUGUUCCCUGGCCAGUGUACAGAUGUAUGUAAUCAUCAGUUUGUUCUCCUGUACAGACGCAUGGGUGAACAUUCUCCUGUCCAACGUCGGCAAGUUUGGUGCUACAGGUGGUUUCGCCACGAUGUUCGUGUACUCGGCUGAGCUGUACCCGACGUCGCUACGGAACAGUGUGGUGGGAACAAGUUCCAUGGUUGCCAGAGUUGGCGGCAUGAUAUCUCCAUACAUAGCAGACCUGGUGAGAUAUGAUGUCUGUAACUAGCAGACCUGGUGAGAUAUGAUGUCUGUAACUAGCAGACCUGGUGAGAUAUGAUGUCUGUAACUAGCAGACCUGGUGAGAUAUUUUAGAUGUAAAUAGCAGACAUGGUGAGAUAGUAUAUCUGUAGAUAUCACACUUGGUAAGACAUAACAUCUGUUCAUAGCAGACCUGUUAAGACAUUCUAUAUGUGCACGUAAAAGGCUCGGUAGGACACGAUAUUUCCAAACAUAGAACCUGUCGACAUAAUAUCUCCAUAGAUAGCAGACUUGGUUAAAGCGUAAUGCAGUACAUAUACUCAAUUCCAAAACUGAAAUAUCAUCUGCACCCGCUAGCAAGUGGGUCGAACACAAAUCAAUCAGCCCCACUUAAUCGAACGACUAAUAAAUUGUUUGUGUUCAGCGUGCCAAUGUCCAUUGUUAUAAUUCGUCUUUGGCCAUUCGUUAUACUCCUUCAUUUCCGUCAUCCAUCAUAUCUUUAGUUUUUUUAGUCUUCUCAUCACGUCACCAGGGUAUACUCCUCGGCGGUCAGUUUGGCGCAGCGGUUCCAUUCAUUGUGUUCGGCACAUGCGGUGUGCUUGCAGGACUGCUGACUCUCUUCCUGCCAGAAACUUUGAACCAAACUUUGCCGGAGACCGUCCAGGAAGCGAUAGACUUCGGAAGGUAAAAUCAAGUACUUUUAUUCAUGUGCAUUACUGCAGAGCCGUUCUUAGGAGCUUNGGGGGGGGGGGGGGGGGGGGGGGGGGAGGGGGGGGGGGGGGGGUCCGGGGGGGCGGAGCUCCCUCGAGCUGAGGAGAAAACACCACCCACCACUGCAGACGGCUGCAGUGCCAGUUUAAGAAGAACCGGGGGCUAGAGGGUGCCUCAAGGGGGCGCCCUCACGCUCGGAGCCCUAAGAACGGGCCUGAUUACUGCUUAACAUCACAUACAUUAUGAUUAGAUAAAUAUUUCGUCAAUUAAACUUUCAUAUUAUUUGAAGAAAAUUUUUUUUUAUAAAUAAAAAUUGUAGGGUCGCUUACUUUAUAUAUAUUUCUGUAGCGUUGUAUGGCGGAUGAAGACAUCAGGUGUUAGCAAAUAUUUUUCAGCUUCUCCCCACUUGUUGAUGUAAAAAUAAUGACCUCCUCCUCACUGUUAAAAUCCCAAACGCUAUUCGCACGGAAUCAAGGCUUCGCGUGAUCUAUUAUCCUUAUGAUAUCCUAGUGGCUAUGUGAGGGGCUGGUGGCCAGUUGAUAACUUAUUGAACGAAAAACAAAAUACUUUUUAAAAAAAAUAAGACAGUAAUUAAGUCUGCGAGCUCUAACCACAGAAAAUGAGAUUGUCAUCGGUACGUUCGAUGCGAGCACAUUCGUUUUGUUCCGUGAUAUUAUUAUGUCAUACGUCUGGAGUCGGCGAUUGGAAUGAAACUAGAUAACAUUUCGUUAUUGAUCCAAAUGAAUGGAAAUGCUUUCUUGAUAACAGUGCACAUAUUAAUUUUGAGCACAUCAAUAAAUGAGCACUUGUCUAAAGAAAGAUAACAUUUUACAACUAUAACAAUUUAAACACAAGACACCCAAAGUAUUUCUCAAGCGCAGAAGGCAGCCAUAAAUGAAUUCCUUUAGAGACAACAAUGAAUUAAUUAGUGAUCAUUUAGAUUUGGUCACCGCUGGAGUGUGUGUGUGUGUGGGGGGGGGGAAUCACGUUGGUAAAUUAUUGCGGAAUAGGGAACAUGAUAAUUGUUAUAUCUUUGGUACUAACUUUAAGAGAAAGAAUUCGGCCUUGAUCAAGGCCGAUCUUAGGUAUCUGUGAUGAUGCAGGUGGUAGGUGAUCUUAGUUAUCUGUGAUGAAGGGGGUGGUAAGUGAUCUUAGGUAUCUAUGAUGAAGUGGGUGGGAUGUGAUCUUAGUUAUCUGUGAAGAAAUGGGGGGGGGGGUACCAUCAGUGCAAUCGACCCAAACCUCCCAGGGCUUAUCUCACACUCUGCGAGAACGAGGGCUGAAAACAGUUUGGCACCCCCAGGGUGGCACUAACCCUAGCUACACCACUACUCUACACAAACCCUAGCUACGCCACUGCUCUUACCAACCCUAGCUACGCCACUGCCUUGUACCAACCCUAGCUACGCCACUGCUCUGCACCAACUCUAGCUACGCCACUGCUCUGCACAAACCCUAGCUACGCCACUGCUCUGCACUAACCCUAGCUACGCCAUUGCCCUGCACCAACUCUAGCUACGCCACUGGUCUGCAACAACCCUAGCUACGCCACUGCUCUGCACCAUUCUUACGCAACUAAGAAAGAACCGUGGUAAUGAUUAUAUUGGAGAAACUAUUUUAUUUGUCUCCAUAAAACUCCAAUUUCUCGAAGUAUGUAUGUCUGGAAAUAACGUUGUAAGAUGGCACGGCACGCGUGCUCUGUCCUGGCGGGGCGAUCGUACAGAAGAAGUGCCUCUUCCGCCCUUGACGUUAUAUUUAUGCCUGUUACCCUAGUCCAGCUACUGACCAUAUAUUGACUCAAAUGUCAACACCGUGAGUGCCCCUGCCCACGCAGCUUAAUGAUAAAUGGCUGGAAACUCAAGCCGAAUUAAGCCUCUUCAGGACUGGAUGGUACAUCCCACAGCGCCCGCUGUUUAACAUCAUAACUUAUUUACGCUCAUCUCAUUGCUGCAGCGCGGGAGCUUGGUCGGAAAAGUCCCGAUGAAAUAUUCAACGCACUGUCGUCGUGUGUAGUUGUAGGUCGUGGGUUGGGAUUUCACAUAAACGUAUACCGCUUAUUGGGAAAAAUACUAUUUCUUUUUUUUUUUUUUUCUUUCCAGAAUUAGAAUAACAAAAGUCACCGAGAUUGCAGCGCCAGAAGAAAACGGGGAUUCCCGGAGUAUCGGUAGAAGUGCCAUCAGUAAUCGAGUACACGGGUUAAACAAGGUAUCGACCACCAAUCAAGGAUAUUUGAAUACAACAUUUUUGGUGGAAAAGCUUUAAAACAAUUUUUUUUUAAAAUAAUAGUAGGGAUCUUUAGAUGUUGUAGAGACCAAAUAAGGUAUUUUCUAAAAAAAAAAUAUGACAGUGUUUUAUUGACUGUGUUUUAUUGACUGUGUUUUAUUGACUGUGUUUUAUUGACUGUGUUUUAUUGACUGUGUUUUAUUGAAAAUAAAUGAAUACUAUUUUUAAA